AUGGAGGGCAAUGGCAAUCCUGAGCGAAUGGCCUAUGAUCGCCUCCUGAACUCCGCUUUGGGCCAUCAACACCAGUUAGGCCCCUCUCCAACGGAAGAGCGAGUGGACCCCCUCGAACUCCCUCCCACCUCGGGUGCCGAAUUUUCCCGACCCACCAUGUCUUCAAGAAAGCGGAACAGCACAGCAGCUGGCUUAGCGGGGAUCGGGGACGCGCCCCGAGAUGACGACGUGUUAACCUGGUCCGAUUCCGACCACGACUCAGAUAUCAUUGAUCUGAGGGAUCCGACCAAAGUGCCCGAGAUCCUGCUCCAGCGGCAGCAGAAGAGGGCGGACCGCGUCAAGCUAGGGGCUUUUCAAUGCGCAAUAUGCAUGGACCAUUCAACUUCUCUCACCGUUACGCAUUGUGAAAAUCAGAAGAACAAGUGCCCCAUCUGCCGUCAGAAAAUCGAGAAUCGAUCCCGUGACUCCUACAAACAGACGACGAAAGGCAUCUGGCCACUGGAACUGAAGCUCAUGACGACGACGAGAAAAGGAAAACGGUCUCAUGCUUAA